CACACACUCACACACACACACUCACACACACACACUCCGGACUACCUUGCUCUAACUAGCGGACUACCUCCGGUCCUCCCCCUUCUUCAGAGCCUCUCUCAGCCCCAGACUGGUCUUCACUGUCUGCCGGAGAGACUGCGGAUUUUACCCCCAACCUCCGGAGGAUCAGAGACAGCGACACACACUCUUUAUUAUUCCAGAUCUGAGACAUCUCAUAAAGUGAGACAUCUUUCCGGUCAGGUGCAACUGCAGAGAGCAACAGCCCCACACAGGUAGAACGAGCUUCACAUCGAGCUGAAGACAUGGAUGAGUGGGAUGUUCCUCAGAUGAAGAAGGAGGUGGAGAGCCUCAAGUACCAGCUGGCCUUCAAACGGGAGAAAUCCUCCAAAACAGUGACCGAUUUGGUGAAGUGGAUAGAGGACGGCGUCCCCGAGGACCCGUUCCUGAACCCCGAGCUGAUGAAGAGCAACCCGUGGGUGGAGAAAGGGAAGUGCAUCCUUCUCUAGAAGACACCACCUUUCAACUUUAACCCACACAGAUGAACCCCACCCUCCUCUCCAACCUCCUAACUUUUUUCACCGUGAAUGUACAACAGCUGACUUCCCCCUCGAACACACACUCACACACUCCGAACUCUGGGUUCUUCCACACACACACACACACACACACACGCACACUCACUGCAAGUUUGCCACUACAAUGCAUUAUUACUAUGAUAUAUGAUGAUCAAUAACCCUUUAUAUAUGUGUGUAGGAUAUAUGAUGACUUAUUUAUGCAGCUGCCAGUCACACGCUUUCUGUCCUCUCUACGUAUGAAGCAUAGCGAGUUCUCUUUCCACCAUUUCUUUUGAUAAACUGUAGGGAUAUUGUCACUGCCAGACUGACUGGGUGUUACAAAAUAAUCCUACAUUUUCAAUUGAAAGGUAAUAGAAACAAUGCACAAUUUGGUGGUUGACUUAAUAACAACACUACAACUUUUACCCCUUGUAACACCAAUUAUAUACACUAAGGAUUUGCUCAUGUUGGCCCACAGACAAAGGUUUGAAUGUUCCCAAACAGACCAACGCGGGCUACGUGUAAGUCGUAUCGCAUCUGAGGCUUUUCAAUAUAGCCAAAAAACACCAGAAGAAGAAGUAGCAUUCAAGCUAGCUAGCAAUCCCUACAUGUAAGCUAACACUAACUCAUGUCAAAUCCAUGCUUAGAGCGACCUAUUUCAUCCAAACAUCAAUGGACUGGUGCAGGAAUGAGGAAUUUGUUAAUGAUACAACAGCAGGAUAAUCUCUACAUAUUAACACCACUUAAUGAUUUCUGAACUAAAAAGCUAACGUUAGGCUAUAAAGCUGAGCUAACGGCUAAGCUAAAUGCUAAGCUAAAGGCGGCUAAUGUUGGGCGUGAUGACGUUUAGUCGUCUCAUUUAGACACUUGUUAGCAACCUCUGUUUUUAAAUCCACCAGUGGGGUAUUUACUGACGUUAAAAUCUCUCCAGCUUGUGUUAACCAGAGACCUUAUUUCAGGCUAACAACCAAAAACACAUUCAGAAAACCCUUGACUUCCACACAAGCAAAUACUCAUAGGACUCAUUCCUGCCCCGCUCCAUUGUCUAAAGAUUUUAAAGGGGUCUAUCGGGGGUACAAAAAUCUUUGUGAACAUCCUGCCGUCAUAGAGGCAAUUUAAGAUGCACGAGUUAUAGGAAAAGUUCCUCAGUUCUCAGCGAUGACUUCUAUCUUCCCAGAGUGACUCCUACAGUUUCACACAACGCAUGGUUAUUACAUUUACAUCCUGAGAUCUGCAGUGUUUUUCAGCUUCACAGUCAUUAAGUCGCAAUGUUUCAUAGCAGCUCUGUUUGUUUUGAACUAAGCUAGGGGUCUCUGGGGGUUUACUCCUCCUUAGCUACAGCCCCUAAAGACAACAUCAAACACACCAUGCACACACUACAUUACUCUCUACACAGACCCUUUAACUUAUUAACUUAUUGAUCAGUACUCGGUAUUUAUUUAUUUAUUUAUUUAUCUCUUACCUUAGUCUUUGUGUCCCUCUUCCUCAUACCCCUUAAAACACUUCUACACCUUGCCAGAUCACCAUCUACUACUGCCUUGUACACAGUUUCCUUAAAACGAGAAUGUAAAUAUGUGGCACGAUAACCACUGACCUCAGAACUGGCCUGUGUGUGUGUGUGUGUGUGUGUGUGUGUGCGUGCGUGCGUGCGUGCGUGCGUGUGUGAGUGUGUGAGUGUGUGUAUAUGUGUGCAGAUGUCUUUUUUUUGCAUACAUUUGGACAUGAGGCUCCCAUGUGGAUUGUGAAGCACACACACACUUACUGUACAUGCACACACACAUGCAUCUGUGUCACACACACACAGACAGGCCUGAGGACGCACACACACACACACACACACACACACACAGGUUAUUGAGAGUGUGUAUGAGAGGAGGAGUGGCAAGGAUGUGGGAUUCUCUAAAUGACUCGGGACAGGGGAGCCUCACAUCGUCUCAGUACUGUAAUGAGUCUCAUUAUAUAACUUUUCUUCAACAUGACCCCGUUCCCUAAAGGCUGUCGGCCCUCGGAUGACUUUAAUAUGUAACCGACAACAUUUAAUACUCCUCUUUUGUUCAUUUAAACACUUAGUUUUAUCAAAAAUCCAUCUAAUCUACGCACUUCCUUUCUGUAAAACACAUCAGACUGAGCAGAUUGUUCAUCCGACACACUGACAUGUUUCAGAUUCUUUUAAAGUGGACCUAUCAUGCUAUAUUAUAAUAAUAUAGUGUAGGACCAUACCUAUAUAAGACAUAUUUAUACUUUAAAAAAAAAAAAAUACCAAACAGAUCAUGCAUUUUAGCCAUGCCUCAUUUCGCUCAAUUUGCAUUUUUUAGCUCUGUGUUUGUAAGGGCUG